CAGCUCUGCGCUUCACUGGGCAGCAUCUUACGGGGAUCUAAGACUCCUCUCCAUACUGUGCUCCUAUCGUGCCAAUAUCAACUCACUCAUACGUGGACUUGCGCCGUUGCAUCAUGCUGUGAUGGCUGGGAAAUCUCAUGUAGUCAAAUGGUUCCUUUCUUGGGACCAUCUUGACGUCAACAUUCAGGACCUCUGGUACAAUACUGCUCUGCACUAUGCCAUUCGCCGGGAUAGCGAAGAAAUGGUAACUCUGUUACUUCAGAGCGAAAACAUCAACGUGAACAAGCAGGAUUUGCACGGAAUGACACCACUCCACCGAGCCAUCCUUGGUGGUAAUUUAUCGAUUAUCCAUAAACUUCUAAAGUGUCGCUCAAUUGACCUAGAACUUCGCGGAAUGGAUGGUCAUUUUGAGAUAUAUGAUAAAUCGCCGCCUCUGUAUAUUGCCACCCGCGUCCGCAACAUUAAUAUUGUCCGUCUUCUACUCUCGACUCCAGUUGAUGUCAAUAGCAGCACUGACUGUGGCCAGUCUGCAUUGCACCUCGCGACAGAGAAUGCCGACUGCGAGCUUCUCAAGCUGCUCCUCAAUCAUCCAGACAUCGAUCUAAACAUUAGAAACAAUGAUGGACAUACAGCUCUACAUAUAGCUAGCCGAUACGGACAUCAGUCGGUCGCGAAGCUUCUUGUUGAUAAACCCGGCGUGGAGAUAAACGCCAGAGACAAUCACGGACAAACUCCCUUAUGGUGGGCUACGAAGAAGAAUCACCCCUCUCUUGCCGAGCAGCUGAUAGCCCAGAGCUAUGUGGAUAUUAAUACUAUAGGCCAGGACUCCUCAACCUCUAUCCACCAUGCAGUUAAGAAUCAAAACUAUGAUUUGGCAAAGCUAUUGCUCAGUGAUGAUAGACUCGAUAUAAAUAUUUCUAACGGGAGUGACGAAACACCACUAGAGUCGGCAGUGAACAGAGGCGACAUUUACAUGGUCAAAAUUCUUCUCUCAUCUCCUGCUAUUGAGAUUGAAG